AUUGACUUGAAUGGUCCUUUGUCAGGACAAAUAACUUGGAUUCUCUGACUUGUUACCUGGCAGUUCAGCACUUUGCCAUCAGGUCAUUGCAUUUUGGGCACAAUAUGUUUUCAUGCAUGAUAUAGUUCCAUGCAAGCCUGGAUCUGUUUUGUGUGAAGCAUAAACCUUGAGCCCGGGGGUUAAAGGCAUCUCUGUCUGGGCCAUGGGACUCUCCUUAGACCACAUUCCUCCCCAGACUCACUUCACAUCCUGCCUCAGUGCCAGAUUUACAUAUAAGCUAAACAAGCUAUAGUUUAGGGCCCCCACUCUCUUUGGCCCCCCCCAAAAAAAAAAUUAAAGGGGAAAAACACCUGGGUGUACAUUUCCAAAAUAUAAGAUAAAAAACAAAUAAAAUAAAACCUACAUACAGCAACAGUGUUUUGUGUUCACUAUUAAUAUACUUCUUAAUUGUAUUUCACUGUUAAUAUACUUCUUCUUAAUUGUAUUUCAGUUCAACAAUUACUUUGAUAAAAUACACAUUUUGUUAUGUGCAAAUGGCUUUAAAUACCUAUUAGGUCCAUAAAUCACCAUGUUGCAUAUAUUCAACACAAAAAAACAGUGACAAUUUGUUGUUGACAAAGGACAGCUGGACGUAUAAAGGGCCCCAUUACCUUCAAUAGCUUAGGUCCUCAGAAAACCUGAAUCCGCCCCUGCCCUGCCUGAGUGUUUUUACUUGUCCGGAGUGUGACCUUGAUCUUUCUUAUUGAUUCCUGGUUACCUGAAUGGAGAAUAGAGGUCAAUUUUAUAUCUGUUGCUCCACCCACUUUUACCGCUGGCCCUGCCUACCACUGGCAUGUGGCUCCUGUCCUUCCUCUGGUGUAGACAGUCCUGAACCAGCAGCAGAGCAAGCCAAUUGGGCGCCUGGGGCCCAUGGGACGGGGCAAGCUGGGGCAGGACGCUCUGUGGGGCUUCCGAGGAAUCUGCCUGCCUCCUCCCACUCAGCCACCCUACAGCUGAGGAGGAGGUGGUGGGCGGACCGUUUGGGGCGCCCAAGCCACUGUGUCACUCCCAGAAGAGAUGCGUAGCUCAGGCAUGCUUCAGGCCCAGCGGCGAGUUCCGCCUGGCAUUUUGUCACCCCCCCCCCCCAGUGCUGACACCCAGGACGGACUGCCCCCAUCGGCCCCCCUGUCCUGAAAACUAUUUGGUUGUACCACAUUGAUCUGCCUAACUGUUUACAGUGGUACCUCUGGUUGCGAAUGGGAUCCGUUCCGGAGGCCCGUUCGCAACAUGAAAAGAGCGCAACCCGCAGCAGUGCAUCUGUGCACACGUGGGUUGCGAUUCGCCACUUCUGCGCAUGUGUGUGACAUCAUUUUGCGCUUCUGCGCAUGUGCAAGCGGUGAAACCUGGAAGUAACCCUUUCCGGUACUUCCAGGUUGCCGCGGGACGUAACCUGAAAGAACGUAACAUGAAGCAGAUGUAACAUGAGGUAUGACUGUAUAUGCCACCCUAUCCUAUAGGCGCCAGUCUGUUUGCAGCAUUUGAAAGUGCUUCAUGGCAUGUUCCUGCCCGUAAAAUAUAUGACUGGAAUGAGUAGAACCACACACAAUAUUUCCCGCCUACUCCUAAAAUGUAGGACAUUUGGCUUGCAAACGGGGCGUUAGCUUUAGCCACAGGUGUGACCACGGGUCACACUUAGUAGAUAUAGACGCCCCGUCCCCUUGUGUGGUUCUCCAGACUGCAGACUCUUCUCUAGUCAUUCAAGUAAGUGAGAUGAAUACUGGCAAGGCUCGAUGUAACUGGGAACCCUGUUUUCCCGAGAUUCUUGGAUAUGUGGAGCUAUGCUGGCACAUGCCUGCUUGUAGUCAUGGCCAUCAGGGAUGGGCAAUGGGGUAAUUUCAGUUUCUUUGAAUUUCUUAUCUCCCCCUGCCCCCGCCAUCAUAAUUUCAGUGCUCCACAUUUUUGCAUCAAUGUCCUCAUGAAGAUUCAUCAGCUAAUUUGUAAUAAUAUUCCCAUGUUUGUAUGCAAUUUUGUCAAAUUUUUGCAAACCAAUUUCCCCUAACACAAGUAUACUUACCUAGUCAGAUGGGUGGCAUAUAAAUAUAUAAAUAUAAACAUCAUUAUUAUUGUCAGGCACCUUUGUGGGAUGGCAGGUCUAGGAAAGGUUGUGACUGCAGGCAGGCAAAACUUCUAUUGUAGGUAUCAGAAUACCAUUGGGGGAGUCCCGGAAUAAAUAUAUUGCAGUAUGCAUUUACAGCCAUAUAUAUCAGUCUCACGUCUCCCCCCCCCUCCAUUUUUUAAAAAAUCACUUUGCAUUUCUUACCAGGCAAUCUUUGCUGUGUUCCAUCUGAGUUAAGAUUGCCAGAAACUACUGUAGUGAAAAACAAAUUGCUGGCUACGUAUCGUGGAGGAAGUUUGUCUGAUAUAUCUAUCAUCUAGCAUGGAGACUAGUUUGAUUUACUUUACACCAGAGCAAAAGAAGCUCUGAUUCAAAAGAGUAGAUAGCACUAUUCUAUGACUCUUAAGUCGCGAGCAAGAUUUGACCAUUUUAAUUUUGGUAAAAAGGUUAGCCCCACCCAAAGGGUACAAAGUAAGAAGCAACACAGUCCUUUGUCUGAAUAGCUCUUGUUGGUGUCAAUAUUUAUUCUAUUCUAUUCUCCUCUCCUCUACUGGCAAGUGAAAGUGUCCUCCUUUAUGACACAGAGGCAGCAAUACAAGUGAAUACAAGUGAAACUUGCACACUCUUUUCACACUGCAUUAUGAAGUUUGCACAAAGUGAGAGCAGAUAUUCGCUAUUGGUAGUGAAAGUUAUUUGUUAAUUGACUGGGGCUGCCAUAUUGGAUGGUAUUGUUUCUUUAGGAGUAAACCCCAUUGACCUCAGGUGGGGUUGCUUCUGAGUAGAGAUGCAUAGGAUUGCGUUGAAUGUCUACUGGUGGGCAUGUAAGCUAAAUGGAGCCUCCUUAUUUAACAACAGUAUAUCUUGGACAGUCUCCAGCAUCUGGCAAACAAUAGAGGAGGACUGCUACACUGCUAGUUUAUUUAACAAAAUUUACAUGCUACUUAAUUGUAAAUAAAGCCCUAAGUGGUUUAUAAGUAAAACUUCUGAACAGUUUACAACUACUUAGUUAAAUUCUGGGUCACCACUGGAGAAAGUAGAAUGUUGGAACAAUUGUAUAUAUGGUCUGAUUCAGCAGGAUUCCACUUACAUUGCAAUUAUGCACUGCUUUGAGUUCUUCAUUCGAUGCCAUGAGAUAGCAUCAGCCCCCCUUUCUUGGCCAGGAAUGAUGGGAGUUGUAGUCUUAGUAAUGCUUGGAGGGUAAUAAGUUCUUCCUCUCUGCACUACAGGUUUCUCUGCGUUAUUCAGCCACCUUGCAGCCCAUCUCACUGAAUUGCUUUGGGAUUGGUUUCUUUUGCGUAUUCUCAACAACGCAGGCAGACAUGCACAUGCUGGGGAUUAUUUGAGAAGAUGCAAAUAGAAACUUCCCUAAAUUAUAUUUGACUCUACGGAUAGGCUGUAUUGGUUUGGACACCUCUGUUUCUAGCAGCUGUGCUAAAUUCCCCCAAACAGGAUUCUCUCCCCCCAUCCCUGUCUAUUAUUCCAAACAAGAUGCGAUGGAUGAGUUUGGUUACAUUUCAUUUUGUGAUGGCAGAGAAGGAAAUUGCUUGAAAAUCAUCUGCACUUCAACGUCUGGGUGAUAUUUGUGCAAGAUGAAAACUUGUUCAUUGGUGGUUUUUAUAUUGCAACCUGGAUUACACGGGUUGAUAUUCACAGUCCUAUAGUGGCAUUGUUUGCAGACUCGAGCAAGGAGUAUUGAUGUGAAUGCCAUCUCUUAAAUGACUUCUCUUCGGCUGUAUUUGUUGUCCCACAUUAUCCUUUGGCACUCCAAUAUAAGACUGAUAAAACAGAGUCUCACUAAAGGCCACUUUGUAAAUUACUUUUUCCAACAUGGAGAUUAAUCUCUGUGGAGGGAGAAGCAGGGGUCUCUUGUAACACAUGCAAGCAGAGCAAUCCUUUCCUUGUCUCCUCAGAAGUAAGUCUCAUUGAGUUCGAGAGGACUUACUCCUGGGUAAGUGUGUAGAGAAUUGCAGCUUAAAGGUGGAAUACUGAAGAAGAAGAAGAAGAGUUUGGAUUUGAUAUCCUGCUUUAUCACUACCCGAAGGAGUCUCAAAGCAGCUAACAUUCUCCUUUCCCUUCCUCCCCCACAACAAACACUCUGUGAGGUGAGUGGGGCUGAGAGACUUCAGAGAAGUGUGACUAGCCCCAGGUCACCCAGCAGCUGCAUGUGGAGGAGCAGGGAAUCAAACCUGGUUCACCAGAUUACGAGUCUACAACUCUUAACUACUACACCACACUGGCUGUUGGCAACUACAUUUUGAAUACAGUAAGAACUUGAGGGCCAGCAAUAUUGGCUGUUCUGAUUAUCCUAUGAGCCAAGACAUCAGGUGCUUAAAAACAAAACAAAAAACCCUUGCCUCCAAUAUGGUCAACUUUGUCCACGUUUAGGCCUAAGUUCACCACUAGUGUACAUGGUUCCAGGUUCAAUUCCCAGUAUAUCCAGCUUGGGCUGUGAGUGUGCUGGAAACUAAGAGAGCUUCUGGCAAUCAGUGCAUGCAUCACUGAGCUAAAUGGACCAAUGUUUUGACCCAUCAUAAUAAGGCAGCUUCCAAGGUUCCUCUCCUUUGAGUAGCACUGCCUCUAGAGGGCGUCACAGCUGAACAUUUGCUGGGGCUACCAGACCGGCACGCAGACCACCACAACUUCGAAUGGAGCACCGAAGGCAAUGUGAGUGACCUCCUGAAUGAAGUGCAUUGAGGAUAAAUGACAUAGCUGGGUUGGGGGGGGGGCAGUGGGGCUGUUGCCCCAGGCACACAUUUUUUGGGGGUGGGGUGGAGUGGGGUGCCAAAAUUCAAAAGAAAAAUAAUCUGCUUUCAGGUUUUUUUCUUUAAAAAAAACAAUCAAGUGGUGUAAACAAAUCAUGAAAUGAAUAAUAAUAAAAAUGAGAUAAAAAUGAGAAAAUAAAUAAGAAUAAUAAAUGAACGCUAAUAAUAAAAUAAAUGGCCACCGCCGCUUCCCUCUCCCUGCUGGGAAGACCCUACCCCACCACCAUUGCCACUGCUGCCCGGCCAAUACUUGCCUUGCCCCGGACACUGGCAACAUACGCUACGCCACUGUUGAGGAUGUGUUGUGUCCUGGAACCAGCUGAUCAGCUGUAGGUGCCUCAGCUGAUCACUUUGUUAGCCACUGCAUCUCGGCUCUCACACAGGACUGAGCAGGGGAAGCAGAGGAGGGGGUAUCUCUGAGAGAGCCUGUGAGGCUCUCCAGCAUCCCUAGAAACAGUUGCAGUGUUUUUUCUCUUUGGGUUAGUGAGCCUGGCUUUCUGGGUAAAGAGGUGUGCGUCUGUCAGCAUUUCCUAUGCUGAUAGCUCAAUCAGCCUUGCAACACCCCAAUGUUUCAGGUGGGCUGUUUAUAAAACAAUGUUUAAGUUACGACACGUGCACACCUGUUUGAUUUAACGUUAAUUGGGCAGAUGUUGGUGAUGUCUUUGAAAAACAAGGGGGGGGGAGCAUCAUUGAUAUUUAAACUUUGCAAAAUUGCUUCAGGAAAGGAAGAGGGAUUAUGAUGUCCCAACUGUCGGGAGCAUGAGAAGAUGGAGCGUUCCGGAUGCAACAAACAGCUGGAAAUCAGGAGACCAGAGUUGCAUUAAGGUAAGCAAUACAAAUGCCACGUGCACAAUUGAACAGGUUAGUUUGACCAAGAUUUCCCAGAUGUAGCAUCUGAAUUCAAGUGAGUCGAUACGUGUCCUUGAGACAUCUUGGAUGGAUUUCUGAACAAUCUUGAAGAUGCUUCAUUCAUUAUAAUUUUCUUACAGAGAGAAUCUCUAAGAAGGAAAACCUGUGUUUAUCGUAAUACAUGGAGUGUAGCAAAAGUGGUUGUUGCUUUUUCACUUAUGCCCAGCUGCUGCAUUCAUGACAUAUAAGAAAUACUCAUGCGAUGCUUUGCGCAUUUUGGUAAACACAUGUUUUCCUAACUGGAGAGGAAUCUCAGCUAGAAAACUGUAAUCUGUGAAGUAGUCUUUAGUAUCUAUCAUCUAUCUAUAUCUAGCCAUCUCUAUCUAUCUAUCUAUCUAUCUAUCAUCUAUCUGUCAUCUAUCUAUAUCUAUCUAUCUAUCAUCGAUCUAUCUAUCAUCUAUCUAUCUAUCUAUCUAUCUAUCUAUCUAUUUAUCUAUCUAUCUAUCAUCUAUCUAUCUAUCUAUCUAUCUAUCUAUCUAUCUAUCUAUCUAUCAUCUAUCUAUCUAUCUAUCUAUCUAUCUAUCUAUCUAUCUAUCUCUAUCUAUCUAUCUAUCUAUCUAUCUAUCAUCUAUCUAUCUAUCUAUCUAUCUCUGUCAUCUAUCAUCUAUCAUCUAUCAUCUAUCAUCUAUCAUCUAUCAUCUAUCUAUAUCUAUCUAUCAUCUAUCUAUCUUCUAUCUAUGUAUUUUGCAUAGCUAAAUUUGGGCAUGUAAAAUAAAUCAACACCGCACACCUUUCUGUGCUUUGCUGCUCACUGUCUGCCUUACCCAGUGCUCGAUCUCACUACUAAAAUGGAAUGUCCACCUGUAAAAUGGAACCAUUUAAAAUGCAAUCCUGUAAGAGGACAUAAACCCUAUGGCAGUGUAAUUUUCUAUCAUAUAUGUGAGCAACUAAAUGCAUAUUUAUAUUGCCCCCACGUCCCUGAAGAAGACUCUAGAGCCAGUGUAUUGGUGGAAUGGUUAUAUUUAUUGAAAUAUAAUAAGAUUUGCAAAUAAAGAGCCAAUAAUGAAGCGUGGGCUUGUGGGCUCACUUGUCAUACUGAGGGCAGCAUCUCCUGGGCAUGUCAGCCACUGCCACUCAGUGGCUUCCCAGCCAAGGACUGGGUGAACUUCUCAUGCCCUUGCUAGGUGAGCCUUGGAGUAUGAUGGUUGAUGGGAUCAAAGCUCUGCAGCAAAGCGAGUGAAGUGGACACUGAAGAAUCUCCCAAGCCUGGCGAACCAUAUCAUACCUGCAAAGAGCAGCCACUGGUCAAAGGGGAAGACCUCAGCCGUGAUCCAGGCACCCUGAGGGACCCUUGUCCUUCUGAUUGGUUUUGGAUCAAUACAGCUUAAUCUGAAGCUCUAUUUGAAACUCCAUGUCUCAGGCAACGAUGCUGACAAAAGGGUAUGCCACAAUGCAUCUGCUUCAUCAUGAAUUUGACACAAGACUUUUUAUCGUUUUCGUUAACCAUACUGAAACCCACUGGAUCAAUGGCGAAACAUAAACAAGAAGGAGGCAGAGAGUAUUCUGCAUGUUCUGCCAUUGCACUUGGCUCCGUUAACGCCAGUGGAAACAGGGCAGUGAGUGGAAGGCUGCAACCAAUAUCAUUUCUGAUAGGGAAUCUGUCUGUUGGCAAGAAAACUUUGCUGCAGGAGAUCAGAGCCUACUUCAAACCAGAUUGCCCCUCUGAAAAAGCAAAUGCAAAAAGAUCUUUGGUCCCAAUCCCUCCUCAUCUGUUUGUUUCAGAAUGAAAAAGACAUUAGAAAUGCCAAACAUGGAAUUCCACAUAUGUCUAGAGAAACUUCCAAAUAUUUUUGGGAAAGGGAAUAGCUUUGGAAGAGCAAGUAAUCACAGAAUCUGCAACUUUCCAAGGAGACAUUUUUCCUUUGGACAUUACAGUCCUAUAUUGCCAGUUGGAACCAGAAAUAAUUGCAUGGGCUUGUGACAUAAAUAGUCAUUCUACCGGUGUUAGCAUUCUCCACCCUAUUUUUCAGCUGUGAAGUCCAAUGCUUAUUCCACAGUCUUGUUAAUCUUUUUGGAACACUCAGAAGAGGAAAUUUGCUGGACGCAUACUGUGAACAUUCAACAAUUCGGCAGAAUGAGAUCUGGGUUCUACCUCUUGCCUUUGACGUCCAGCAAAAUCAGGGUCUAUAUACUCAAAUAUUCAAAUCCCAAUUAAUUCAGAUCUCAUUCCUAAAAUCAUAAUCUGUUUGCAAAUCCUGAGUUUGUUCUUUACUGAAAUGUCUUCUCACAUCUAAACUAUCCAACAGUUUACAUGUAGCCAACUUUUGAAAGCCACAACUGCUUUCGGAACCAGCUGACUUCUUGUAAAAAGUUUUGAUCUUCAUUGGCAGCUGAGGCCCUGCAAGCCUUAUAGAUACCAGUUUGCAACACAUACUAUGGAACAUUACAAUGUGCAGUUCAGGACUUCUGUAAACUAGAAGGCAAAAUGCUUUAUAAGUAGUAAUAACUGAGCUGUGUUGCAAGAGUUUUCUUUUGAUCUAACCAACACAGAUCACUCGGACAGCUUGAAUUGUCAAUAACACUGUUUAAGGAAUGAAGGUGAAACUGAGAGCCCCUCCAGAUGGCCUGUUUAUGGAGCAUUCCUGAUUUGCUUGCGCAAAGCUAAUGCAGAGGUUAGAUCAUAUCUGGUCUUUAUCGAGCCUUCAUCUGGAUUUGCUCAUGGGGAUGUUACACUGCAAUGAGCAUUUGUCCGGCAUCCAUCCUGAUUUCUUUCUUUCUUUCUUUUUGCUGGAUGUUUAUAUACCUUCCAAUUAGUCAUCCAGCCACCCCCCCUUUCCAAUGCAGUUCCCCAUCACUUACCAAACCACAAAGGGCAAGAUUCUCUUUUAAAGUAGAUUUGUUGUACUAGGGCAACAAAGCCCUUUAAUACAUUUUAACUGCAGAGGCCUAAAGUUCUAGCAUAUAUGAUAAUAAUAUAAUAAUUUAUUAUUUAUACCCCGCCCAUCUGGCUGAGUUUCCCCAGCCAUUCUGAGCGGCUCCAAAUCGAGUGUUAAAAACAACACAGCAUUAAAUAUUAAAAACUUCCCUAAACAGGGCUGCCUUCAGAUGUCUUUUAAAAAUCCUUGACAUCUGAUGGGAGGGUGUUCCACAGGGGGGGCACCACUACUGAGAAGGCCCUCUGUCUGGUUCCCUGUCUUGCAAUGAGGGAACUGCCAGAAGGCCCUCGGCACUGGAUCGGAAUGAAGAGCUGAAUGAUGGGGGUGGAGAUGCUUCUUCAGGUAUACAGGACUGAGGCCGUUUAAGGCUUUAAAGGUCAGCACCAACACUUUGAAUCGUGCUCGGAAACGUACUGGGAGCCAAUGCAGAUCUCUCAUGACCGGUGUUAUGUGAUCCUGGCGGCCACUCCCAGUCACCAGUCUAGCUGCCGCAUUCUGGAUUAAUUGCAGUUUCCGCGUCACCUUCAAAAGUGUAGAGCGCAUUGCAGUAGUCCAAGUGGGAGAUAACUAGAGCAUGCACCACAAUGGCGAGACAGUCCGCGGGCAGGUAGGGUCUCAGCCUGUGUACCAGAUGGAGCUGGUAGACAACUGCCCUGGACACAGAAUUAAUCUGCACCUCCAUGGACAGCUGUGAGUCCAAAAUGACCCCCAGGCUGCAUACCUGGUCCUUCAGGGGCACAGUUACCGCAUUCAGGACCAGGGAGUUCCCCACACCCACCUGUCCCCAUCCCCCAAAAACAGUACUUCUGCCUUGUCAGGAUUCAACCUCAAUCUGUUAGCCACCAUCCAUCCUCCAAUGAUUCUUCCAAGCAGCUGAGGGUGGUGUACAUGGUUCUCUUUCUCUCCCGUUUCACCACAACAACAAUGUUGCGAGGUAGGCUAGUGAGCUCUUAUGGUUGAAUAGGGAUUUGGAUGUGGGCCUCCUCGUUCCUAGUCUGACACUCUAACCCCUAGGCCAAAGUGCCUGGAGUGUGUGUCGAGAUCUUUCCCCCGGAUGGCCAACAUACCUAGUGGUUAUAGGCAUGUUGUAAUGAAUAUGGCCCCAUCUGUGCUAUGCAUUCAAAGCAUUACCAUGCCACUUUGAACAGUCACGACUUCCUCCAGAGCAUGCUGGGAAUUGCAGCUUGUUUGUUUGCUGCUAAGAGUAGUUGGGAGACCCCUAUUCCCUACAGGCAACUACAAUCCCCAGAGUGGAAUCACAGACAAAUUCUCUUCCCAAGUAACUCUGGGAAACUGGAGCUCUUUGAGAGAAAUAGGGGUCUUCCAGCAACUCUUUGUAGGUGUAACAAACGACGGGUCACAGAAUUUAUUUUGGCGGGAGCAGACCACGGCUGUUUGAAGUGGUUUGAUACUGCUUUGCAUGCCUAGUGCAGAUGGCGUCUGAACCUUGGUAAAUAAACUGCUGCACUUGUUUCAUAAGGCAUCACUGUGAUACACAGACUAUCAACCAUGAAGGUGCAACACCUCAGACCCACUGCUUACUAAUCUGGCUUGUUUCCUUUCAGUAAGAGGAAGAGUGAACAUGCAAAUGGAUUAGUUGGAGAAGAGCCUCAUAUUUUUCUAUUCCAAGAUGAUUUCUGAGAUGUUGUGUAUGUAUGUGUGUGUGUGUGUUGUUUUUUUCCUGGGAGGGUGGUGUUGUUAAAGAUAGCCAACUUAGCAUGUUGAGUGAAGGGUGUAAACAAUAUAUUGGGGACUGUUAACGGGAUGCAGUCAUAACAAGCCAUCCAAAUUUCCAUAAAUAACACAUCACCCAUUUAACAACUAAUUUAUUAUUCCAAUUCUGAUCUCCAAAUUACUCAAAAUGAGCUGCUUAAAACACACCCGUAAGAUCUACUAAUCUCAAGCAGCCUUCAAAGCCCUGCAUCCAAAUCAAAUAUAUCAGCCUAUUGUGGAGCAAUCAGUUUGCUAUUAUAACAAAAAAUUAGGGCAGGAAAAAUAAACCUUUUGCAGUGAAAUCAGCCGUAUGAAGCGAAAUUCCUUUUGAAAGUCCCCUGGAAAAAUCACAGCCUGUACACCGAAUUAGGCGAGUAAAACAGCAGGCAGUCAUUAAUGACUAGGGCCACUGUUUUGAUUAUGCCCUCGUAACAUGUUAGAAUUUGCAAGAUGUAUGGGUUGAAAGAAAUUAUAGAUCCUGGAGAGAAAAGAUACCUAAGCUUUCCUACCUAAAGGCUUAAUGUAAGGGGGCUGCCAGAUUUUGAAUACAAGUGAUUACGUGACAGACUCACUUAAAACCUUCCUGCAUGCUUUAGCAUCACGGUUCUUUUCUGGAAACAAAAAAACCCUUUGCAGGCUAAUUAUUUUGUAUUCUUGGGUUAAUUUCUCUCUCUCUCUCUCUCUUUUUGAAAAAAAGAGCACCGCCCUCUCAAACACUAUAUUUUUGGACUCUGAGUUGUCAAGUGGCUGGACAAAGCAGUGUUAAAAAUUCAACGACUCUAAUUACUAGCUGAGCAGUAUAAAAACCUCUGAAUAAAUGUCAGUCGAGGAGAUAAGCUCUUAUCUUAAUCUAAUGGCUCCACAGACUUAAUUUGUCAGGCCGGCCUGGUUGAUGAAAAACAGGUUUCUAUUCUCCAGCGUUUGCAGCAACAUCUUUCCAAAUCUUUGAAGUUGGAUAGCAAUACCGGCAGCAGCGGAGCCGUCUGGCAAAAAUCUGGUGACCAAGCCAAUUUAAUUCCUAUUGUCCUAUUACACUAAUUAAUGUUGCUCUGCCUACACUGGUGCAAGGGAGACAAAAAUGAAGCCAAUUUAUUUUUAGAUUUGUUACAUUCUGGGCUAAUUGCUCUCACCCCAUAUUUCCUCCCCUCUGCAACGUGUUAAUCAUUUUGGGUCCCUUCUGGCAUCCGAGAGGGGCAGGGUUCUAAAAUUAAGGCCUCUUUAAGGAAGCACUCGGAGGGUUCAGGGCAAUAAAUUCCAGUUUCUUGAGAAAGUAAGGAACUCUGACUUGGGUGGGUGGGUUCCAUCUGAACACAAGGGAUGUAUGGGAUACCCCGUGAUGACUGUAUCCUUUGAAACCUCUUUCUUAAAGGAGGUUUUAACAUAUUUAGAGCUGAGGACAAACCAGUGUCAACAACAAUUCAUGCCAGGCAAUUAACAAAUGAAAAGAGCUGGCUUUUCAGUUAAUGUUUUGUGUUGUUCCUUUGCUGUGCUGUUUUCACCAAAUCAGCUGUGGUCCAGGGUAACUUCAAAGGACUGGUGUGAAUAUUACAGCACUCUGUAUAAAACUGGAAAAAGACGACUUGCUUUAAAAAAACACACACAAAACCACCAGGGCCUUUUUCUGAUGCUUUUGGGAUUUCAAAAUCCCAAAUGUGGUGUAGGAUGGGGAGAGGAGAGGAGAUUAUGCUAGUUCCAUGGAAGAGGAAAACGGGGUUACAUUUUUUGGGGGGGGAUCAUUUAUAAUCUCCUCUUUUAUGUCGGUGUAGCUGCAGAACUUUUAGUGGAAUGAUAACUGGCAUAAAACCAGAGUAAUGGAGUGGAGAAUCAGACACAUAUUUUUUGUAAUUAAUGAUGUGACCUCAAAACUGCAAAGCUACACUGGUCACAUGUGUGAGAGCCUAGGCAGCUGCCUAUUCUAGGGAAAGAAUAAGGCAGUUUGAAAGAACCAGCGAGAUCAUUGCACUUCCUAUUAUUAUCAAUAAUUGUCCUUGUUAUGCUUUUUAAAAAUGUUUUUUUAUGAUUGUCUUAUUUGUUCCAUUUUCUCACACCCUUCCUCUACAGAGCUCGGCUUAUCGUUUGGGGGAAGUGAGGAAAGUGAGGUUAACCUGUGGGUAUCAUGCUGAGCGGAGAUUUUAUGACACUUAUCUGCAAAAGGCUUCACAAUAUUUUGCAUUUUCCUUUGUCCUCAUAACAAUCAACUAUAUAAAUAAAAAAGGCAGUUCCCAGGUCCUGCCUCUGUGCUGCCUUCUAGCGCAGAAGUGAGAACACUUUUCUCUCGCCACCCCCUGAGCCAAAUCUGUAUCUGCCCAACCCCUCCUGGGCCAGAUUUGACAGGUGCCGGGCACCACCCACCUGUCAAUCACCUGCUGCUACAAUGACAUCAGGUGACAAGCCUCUUUGAAGGCUGGCUCUGGGAUCACAAAGGGGUUUGCUUUGAAAUCACUGCUAAAGAUGGUUCCCUCCCCUCCAUUUUAGCAGGGAUUGCAAUGCAAAUUCCUUCCUGAUCCUGGAGCAAGGCAUUCUCCCACUGCCCAUCAGCUGAUCAGAACCAGUUGUUUCUCUGUUUCAUCAGGGUUUUUUUUGUUAUGUACUGAGUUGAAUAGGAUCCAAAAGGCAGCAGUCUGAUUGGUCCUAGAACAAUAGGGUCCAGAAUGCAGCAGUCUGACUGGUCCACAGGAGCCACCCAAUCCAGCUCCAGGUGGAAGUGAAUCCGCAACCUGAUUGGCCUACAGGUGAAUCCCGGAAAUUAGCCAAUCAUGUGGGGCCCAUUGUGUAAAUAAUGUAUAUAAAGCAGACAUUCUGGGGGAACUUCCAUUCCUCCUCACCACUAUGAGCUGAAUAAAGAGCAAGAAAUCCACUCUCGACUCCAAGUAUAUUUCAGGUUUAAAAUCCUUCCUUGAACUUGGGGCAAGGCACACUCCCACAGCCCAUCAGUUGAUCAGGGUCAAGUUGAUGGAUGAUGGAAGCUCCUAUCUUGUCAUGUGAACAAGCUGUAAUAGGCUGGAAUCAGAUCCUGGUAUUCUUGAGCCAACCUUGGGCCCUUCUGCAAUUGAGUAGCUUUGCCCAAGGGCUUCCUCAAAUCUGGAACAGCCUGGGGUUGCAAUUGGAGGAGAGAGAGAGAGAGAGAGAGAGAGAGAGAGAGAGAGAGGCAGCUUUGAGCCACCAUUUUCAAUUCCCCAGUGUCCUGGCAGCUUGUAGCCAGCCAUUUCUGCUACCAAGGAAAGGCAGAGGAGCAUGCACUGAUGUAGAAGAGCUUGGAUUUGAUAUCCCGCUUUAUCACUACCCAAAGGAGUCUCAAACCGGCUAACAUUCUCCUUUCCCUUCCUCCCCCACAACAAACACUCUGUGAGGUGAGUGGGGCCGAGAGACUUCAGAGAAGUGUGACUAGCCCAAGGUCACCCAGCAGCUGCAUGUGGAGGAGCGGAGACGCGAACCCGGUUCACCAGAUUACGAGUCUACCACUCUUAACCACUACACCACACUGGCUCAUAGAAGCAGGUUCAUGGAAGGGACUUUGCCAGGGCUUCAAAUGGGGAAACAGCUGAGGAGGCAAUGCCUGUUGGUUAACCAACCAACUGUGUACAACAGUGUCUGGGGCCGGGGUCCCAUCACUAUGUCCCUGUUCCCAAUCCGCCUGCUUUCUCCCAGACAAGUCAAAAGAGCUUCCAACAAUAUUUGCAGGGCAAAUAUUGAAAUAUACGGCACUAGUGAUUAGUGGAACAAAUGGUUGGAUCCAAGAGGAUGGGAUUUAUUGGCAGAUAUAGGUAACACAGGAGUAGGGAAGCCUUACUCAGACCGCAGGCUGCAUUCCCUCAGGUAACUCUCCGAGGGCUGCAGGUUGGUGUUGUGUAGAACCAGAGCCAAAUUAGGCCAAGUCAGAUGUCAAAGGAGGCAGAGCAACAGAUGUGACUCUGACCUUUCCGCAGUGAGCCAAAUUCCAGGAAGCACAUUCCAGUUCACUACAUUCCAGCCACACCGAAGUCCGAGGUUUCUACACUAAUUCCCGCUCUACAUCUCUCCAUCCUCCAGCCAGGUGACCAAGGGAACAGCCGAAGCAGCUGGGAAGAGAGAAGAGGUGUUCAGGGAUUUUAUAAGUUGCGUAUCCUUGUUUCUCACUUUGAUCCUUUUACAUGAGUUGUAUGUUUUGU